UGGACUUCAUACUCCAUUCUUUAAUUUAGUCAUAAUUCUGUAUUUGUCAUGUGUUCCAGAGGGAAACCAGUGGCCCAGAAUCCUCCAGAUUCCACCUGCCGCUCAUCCUGUGUCAAACUCUAUCUGUGCUCCAACCCACAGGACAGCGUUUUAGAGCGCAAAGCUCUGAGGGAGAGCGUUUUCCCCAAACUUGGAGAGCACUGCAGAAAAACAUGGGGCCUGGACCUCAGGGUGAUAGACCCGUUUGAGUCCAGUGAUCCCUGUUGUUGGCCAGAUGAAUGCACGAGGCAGCAGCUGAUUAAAGAAUGCAGAGAGAGCUCGGCCGGACCUUAUUUACUGGCUCUGGUGGGACACCAGUAUGGCUCGGCUAGUGUACCUACCCAGGUGGACGUGCCCGAGUAUGAGCUGCUGCUGCAGCAGAGUCAGCAGGCAGGCGUCAGCACUCAGGUGCUGGAGAGAUUUUACCAGAGAGACGAGAACACCAUCCCUCCCUCCUACUGCCUGAGGCCUCCACACACACACACCUGCUCUCCUCAGUCAGAGAUCAGUAAGGAAGAGCAGAACGAGAUGAAGGCUACAGAGGAAGAGCUGAAGAAGGUGUUUCAGAUCGGUGCAAGUCUGUGUGUCCACAGUGGUCUUUUGUCUCCAGAGAAGGCCGUCACAUAUUACAGAUCAGCCCUCGACACAGAUCUGCGAUUUGCAUUAGACACUCGUCCUGAUAAUGACACCACCAGACGCUGCCUGGUCUACAUCCACAGGGUCGUCGCUGGUGAAACCGAGAAAGAGAAAGAGCAGGCUGCCACCUCAGCACCCACUGGUGGACAGCUGCUCUCAGAGCUUCGCGACAAGUUCCUCCCUGACCUCGUCACUUCCUGUCAGCAUCUGGUCUACGCCACCACCACGCAGUGUGACCGUCGCUAUGGUUACACAACAGCCAGGAGGCGGAGCUAUGCUAAUUCUCUGGGCCAGCAGGUGUACUCUGAUGUCGUGGGCUUGAUUGACAGCGUGAACAGGUUGGACACCGUCAACCGGAAGCUGCCUGUUGAUGCUCUGACCAGAGGGCAGGCUGAGCAGGAGGAGCUGUGCAGCUCUCUGUCCAAGCUGUAUGAUGUCAUUCGACCAGAGGAGGAAGAGAUUAGAGCUUAUGUGACGCAGAGUGACCGACAGUGCCCACUAUUGGUUUUAGGAGGGCCCUGCACAGGAAAGACAGUGCUGCUGGCACACAGUGCUCAACAGAUAAAGUCAUGGCUACCGGACAGCGAUCCAGUGGUGAUCACUUAUUUCUGCAACCUGGAUCCUUUGUGUUCCCCAUGUCACCUGUUGUCCAGUCUGUGUUAUCAAAUAGCAAACAGAUACCACGGUGACUUGCCCCUCAAAAAUGGUCACAGCUUCAACGUUGGCACUGACCCGGACAAUCAUAGCUGCAUCACUGACCCCAAAGACUACAACUCCAAUGAUUGCACAACAUGUAAUCUGGAUUCCCACCAUGAACCCACCACCGCUGACCAUGUUUUUGAUGCUAACCUAAAUCUGUGUGCCACACAAUGCCCACAUUGUUAUACUGGCCUCCUAAAACCUGACAUUACUGUGUCUGACCUUAAAGAACACUUCUCCUUCCUCGUGUCCCGUCUGCCUUCUUCCAAACAGCCUUUGAUUCUAAACCUUGAUGGCCUGGAUCAAAUUGAAAGCAACCUUGUUUGUUCUCAAAUCAUUGAGAGCCUCCCGUCCCCCGUCCCACCUGGAAUCGGACUAAUCCUCACUGUCUCCUCCAGUCGAGCACAGGUCCUAGAGGCCAUCAAACAACACUAUGCACCAUCCAGUCCACCACACUCUGUAUCAGCGGGCAGUGAGAGGGAGAUGGGAUGUGUCUGUGUACAGUUAGGACUGGUGGACAGAAAAGAGUGUGGGAACCUGUUGGCGUCGCUGCUGAGAAGUUCAGGAAGGAGGGUCACAUCAGGACAACAGGCGCUGGUGAACCAGGCAAUGACUUCCUGUUGCCUGACUCUGUAUGCUCGCCUACUGCAUGUACACACCUCGCUUUGGCACUCUGAUUCAGAUGUGACCGAGUCAACUCUGCCCAGUGGAAUCCACGCGUCAAUUUCUGCACUCCUCGAUCACCUCGAGCAGAAGCAUGGCUCCUCUCUCGUGGCUCGUGCCGUCUCCUACCUCACCCUCUCCUGGACUGGGCUCACUGAGGUGGAACUAGCUGAUUUCCUGUCCGUCAAUGAUGAGCUGCUGUCGGUGUGUGUUCAGCGUGGCGAGAGUCGAUCCUUCAGGAUGAGGGUCCUACAAAUUGACGUGGAGAGACUUCUGUUGGACUUGCAGCGUUUUCUCAUCAGGAGGACUUUUGUGAGGUCUCGUGUGUUGUUGUGGGUGAGCAGGCAUUUCAAGCUGGUGGUGGCUAAGAGGUAUUUAGGCACUCAAGAGGCGAGGAGGGGGAUUCACUCAGAGUUGGCAGAUUAUUUCAGUGGCCGAUGGGCUCGUGGAAAUGCUAAACCACUUCUUUCUGAGCAGAAAUUAGGACUAAACGCGGAAACUGUUCGAAAGAAAAAAUACAAAGACAGACAGCCUUUUAUCUUCACUUGUUCUUCUACAAGAGCUGGCCAGGUGAAUCUGAGAAAAGUCAUAGAAUUGCCAUAUCACUUGCAACAGAGUGGCAGAUGGGAGGAGUUGGAGCAGGGGUUAUUAAUGUCGCUGGGGUUUCACCAGGCUAUGGUCCAAGGAGGUCUUCUUAAAGAUCUUGUUAACAUGUUGCAGAGUGACAAAUCACAGUUUCAGCUUUUAAGAGAAAGACAGCUGCUUGCAGAAACACUGAAAUCUUCUGCUUUCUUUCUGCAGCACGUACCUCUGCAGCUGCCUACGGUGAUGGAAACAAGCCUCCUCCCCUAUCUGGAGGUCUUUCCUGCUCUCAAAGGUUACGUCAGGGAGAUCAGAGAGAAGAGGAGAAAAAGAGGACAUGGAUUAGGCUUAGUGUUAUGUCCUGCUCCUUCUUCUGUUCCUCCGAUUCAGCAUUUAAAGUGUGACUUUUCUGUAGCAGAAGCAGCGGGGACAGCGUGUGGGAUCGUUGCAGAGAUCGCAGAUAAUGGUGCUGCUUGGAUCUGGAAAGGCUCUGGAUGUGAUGUAGAGAAAAUGUCGCUGAACUGUGAGCAGAAAGAUCUGAAGUUUGCGGGGGUGAAGAGUAGUGGCCGAUUCCUACUGCUUUCCAGCCAAUGCAACAAGGUUUUCUUGUGGGAUGUGACAGGGCCAGAAAAGCUUCAGGAGGUUGAGGGUCCUUUGAAACCAAAUUCAUACCAGGACGCACCAAACAAAAUCACUGGGUUUGUUGAAUGCCAGAGAAAGAUAUUCAUGUGGUGGAAGGAUGAGCGUUUUGUGAGUGUGUUUGAUGUAUCCAGUCAGACCUUGACUCAUUUCCAGUGUCAGACCUCUGUGACCUGUUUAGUUUGCUCAUCUAAUGGCUUUUACAUGUACUGUGGACAGGAGGAUGGCACAGUCUCCAUAUUUGACACGGACUCCUGUUGUCUGCUUAGCAGCUGCACGAACUCAAACCACGGUGCGGUGACAUGGAUAAUUGUCUCUGAAGAGAAGAGGGAAGUGACAUGUGUUGACAGGACUGGGAAUGUAACUGUAUGGGAUGUGGCGACCAAAACAAAGCCAGCUAGACUUGUGAAAGAAAGAUUUACUGACGGUGAAUCUAGUAACGUGCUGAAUCACGAUUACUCUGAAGGAAUUAAAAUGUGUUUGGUUUGUCAGUCUCAUCAGGUUUCACUGUGGGAUACAUGUGACUGGGAGCUAUGGGACCAGUUCCUGGCUCCACAAGGAAGGGCCUUCACUCAAGCUGUGCUCUCUCAGGGCGGCCAUCUCUUCCUCGCUGUGUUAGACACCUGUUCGCUUGUCUUGGCGUGGAAGAUUAGCACAGGGCAGUGUGUGCUGUCCUUAGAGGCGAGUCAGCAGCCCCACGCACUCUUCAAAAGUGCCUCAGAUCUCAUUUGUGUCGCUCAUGGUGGCUGCCUGACAGUGUGGGACUCUGAGAUGAUAGACGCUGCAGGUACGGCCCCCAAAACAGGGUGUGGAGUGAAGGAGUUGGUGGUUGAAGAAACUGCAGAGCGGUUCUACACCACAGAUGGGUCAGAGACGGUGUGGAGAUGGAGUUUAACAGCAGGAUUUCCACAUGCUAACUUCCUACAUGAUGGUCCUGUGGAGAAACUGUGCCUUUCUCCAGAUAACAUCCACCUUGUGACUCUCUCAGCCGGGGAAAUUUACAUCUGGCAGACAGAAACAGGUCAGAACAUCCUGCGGAUUAGUGGCAGCAGAGCUACAGAUAUCCUCAUCACCCCUAAUAAUAACUUCGGGGUGAGCAUUUCCAAGCAAGGGUUGUCUCAUGUGUGGAAGCUGGUACAUGGGAGUAUUGUGUGCAGCAUACACCUGCACCUCUCCAACGCCAAGGUGUCUCCUGAGAGUACCUUCCUCAUUGGCUGUCACCAGGGUGACCUGUUAGCUGCUAGUCUCUGGUCAGGUUCCAUCUGCAAACGUUUCUCCUGUGCGGCGAGUUCGGAGCAUGUUGUUGCUUUCCACACGCUCUCAGAGCAGCCAGACUUCGUAGUGGUGAUGACAGCUUCUGGUGCCGUGUACACCUGGAAGGUAGCGGAGGAGACUCUGUGCAAGCACUUCCAGCUGCCCUGUAUGAUUCAGUGUCAGCCACAAAACCUCCAAAUGUCCUCUGAUGGGCGCUACACACUACUGUCCACUGACAACAACACCGUCAACCUGCUGGACUUGUCUCAAGUCCGACUGCGCUCAUUCAAAGUGAAGGGUCCUGUUGUUAAAGCCAGCAUGGACCAAUUUGGGCGUUUGACUGCUUACAUCAGCCGGGAGAAGAUCUGUGACCGUGACCUGCACACGAGGCCCGUGCUCACAGUCAUACGACUUGCAGAUGGGGAGAGAGUCGGGACUUUGUGGUUGUCUAAAAACCCAUUAAGUUUGGUUGUGUGUAAGCAGCAGUGUGUGUAUGUGGGAUUUGAGGACGGGUCUGUAGGUGUGUAUUCUGUUUCAGAUGUCAGGUGCAGAGAAAAGAUGACAGGUGUCUUAAAGCAAUGUCCCUGUGACAGUGUAUCCUCCACCUGGUUACCCUUAGCAACCCCAAAUGUUAAAUGGCCAUAAGAUUGUGAGGCAGGAUUGCCUUCUUUUUUAAAUUAUUAUAAUAUAAAGAUAACAUAUAUCGUUUUAGCCUGGCUUUUUACCAAGCUGUAUUAAUGUAUUUCUCUGCAAACCUUUUACUGUGUUUUACACAUCAUGUGACUCAUCAUUUUAUAGAUAAAAAACAAAUACUGCAAGUUUUAGUUUCAGUUUCUGUUACAUACAUACAGCACUUCAGAAAAUUACAACCUGGGUUUCAUUUCUGUGAAAGCAAAACCAUUUAUUAACUUGUAGAUACCCACUGCCAACUCUGUUUUAAAUGUGUUGUUUACACAGCAAGGUUUGGCACAUUUGUUUUAAAUACUUUGACCUAAAUGCAGUAUUAGUUUGUAUUUCUGUAUCACAAACUAAUGCGACUCUGAUACCUUUACACUGAGUUUUGUAAU